AUGGAUGAAUGGGAGGAGGCAUUAAAUGGGCUAAGCUCAAAGCUCAAGACGUGUCUGCUCAGAGCCAGAGAGGAAAAGGCCGAUGUAUUGACUGUGUUACUACAGGAGGCCGAGUCAAAGAAAACGCUCGGUCUUCAGAAGCGCUGGAAGAUCAACUUGCGCGGCAAAACAAUUGUUCUUCGAGAUUUAUUCGACAAAAUCAUUGCAUGGGUUUACAAGUUCAAGGCUAUUGGUGACACGGCUGUCCAGUUCGACCCGGCCCCGGCCUCUCUGGCGUGGGCAGGAGUGCAGUUCUUGCUGCAGGUUUGUAUGGCCGAUAGUAUCUGUUUCGAGUCUACAAUUCACGGACUGGAAGUGACAUCUCGGAUGAUAGCUCGCUAUGCCGCCUUUGAGCCUCUUUACACGAAACGAACAUCGGGAAUACAAUCGCAGCUGAAAGGUCGAUUGAAUGAAGAGCUAGAGAAAAUCACACAACUGGAUACAGAAGUGGAAAAGCUUGCUCGAAUUUCAGAUGCUGAAGUUCAACUACAAAUCCAAGAUGUUAUACGUCGUCUGUCCCGUAUUCACAGCAUCAUGCGAGGCAUUCGGAGACGAGACUCGCAGGAUCGACAGAAUUGGGUCGAAACGAGCACAUCAUCCAUUCUUCUCCUUCAUGGAAUCCCAGGCUCUGGCAAGACCAGUCUUGCAUCUUCGGUAAUGGAUUCCUUUUUGGAGCACAAAUCACAAAAUCCCCUUGCAGCACCGCUUGCCUACUUUUAUUGCGGGGAUAGUAAGGUCGGAAGAGGCUGGGCUGAUCCUGAUGAAAUCAUGGGCUGUCUCACUAGACAGUUUGCUGUUAUUGACAGGCAAAAUCUGGAAGUCCAUGAACAUGUGCUGCUUGAAUAUCAACGCAAAGCGGCGGAAGCCAAACUCGAUGGGUUUGAUGUUCCGAAGCUGAAGGUUUCGCAAUGUGUCGACCUGAUUCUUGGAAUUCUUGGGUCGAACCCUGUAGUCCUUGUCGUUGAGGGUGUCGAUGAAAUCGAAGAAACCUGA